AGCAUUCGAGAAAGAAGAAGUGAAAAGGUUGUCGGUUGUCGUUGUCGAUAGUGUAAUGAAGUGAUGUAGGGAGUGACGUUAAUUUCGGUGUAUCUAUUAUUUGUUUGUUUUUCGGUUUUAGUGUCGCGUUCCUGCAUUAUUUGUCUAGACGGAUCGUUUAUUUUAAGUUAACGUUAUAUUUUUAUUCUCCGAUAAGACAUGAGUGAAGUUGAUGACCUAGGUCCCGAAGGGGAACUGAUGAUCAUCUCUGACGAGGAAGAAGAGCGCAGAAUGCCUUUUAACCCUGCAAGCUAUGGGCUCAAUGACACUUUUAAACUAACGCGUUUUGCCGAUUUAAAGGGAUGAGGGUGUAAAGUCCCUCAGGCGGUUCUAAUGAAUCUCUUGAGGGGCUUGGAAGGUAACGGUGAGGAAGGACGAGGCGGGAGUGUUAGUGGAGGUGGUGUUAGCAGUGUUAGUGUUAGUGGCGGUAGUGUCAGCGGCGUAUCUGAGAAUGAGCCUUCUCCUACUGUUGGAAUAGGGAUGGAUUGUAGCAUUAUUCCUGUGAAACGCCGAGAAGACUUGUUCAUAGUGCAGACCACGGACUUCUUUUACCCAAUUAUUGACGAUCCGUACAAGAUGGGACGUAUCGCAUGCGCCAAUGUAGUGAGUGACCUCUACGCUGUAGGUGUCUCUCAUAUAGACAGCAUGCACAUGAUUGUAGGAGUGUGCACGAAGAUGACCCCAGAAGAAAGUGGAGUGUGUACCGAGCUAUUAAUGAAAGGAUUUAAGGAUGCUGUAAAGGAAGCGGAAAGUGUGCUUACUGGUGGCGACACAAGAAUCAAUCCUUGGUGCACAAUUGGAGGGGUUGCCACUUCUGUGUGUAAAAUAAGUGAAUUCAUCAUGCCGAUACAUGCUGAAGUAGGAGAUGUGUUGGUGCUCACAAAGGCCUUGGGCACACAAAUGGCAUGCAAAGCUAUUACCUUGAUAGACGACCAAGUGCUCUGGCCAAAAAUCCUGCACGUUGCCCCAGAGGAAGUGAUACGAAAAGGAUAUGAAAUGGCUAUAAAUUCAAUGAUGAGACUGAACAAAACAGCUGCAAAAUUGAUGCACCUCUUUAACACUCAUGCCUGUACCGACGUGACUGGGUACGGCAUCUUGGGUCAUGCGGAGAACCUGGCCAAAUAUCAGAAGAACCCAGUCACGUUCUCAAUUCACAACCUGCCAGUAAUCAAUAAGAUGGCUGCAGUAGCGAAAGUAUGUGGCAACCUCAGACUUCUGGAGGGCAGAGCGCCAGAGACCUCAGGAGGGCUUCUCAUCUGUAUACCAAAACGUCAAGGCGAAGCCUUCUGUAAGGAGCUUGAAAGGCAAGAAGGUAUCCAAGCCUGGAUAAUUGGCCUUGUUGAAAAAGGUGAUCGCACAGCCAAGCUCAUUGAAAAGCCACGAAUCAUCGAUGUGUCAGGUUGAUGUUUUAAGGAAUUGCAUCACUUCUUUUCUUUCUUUUUUUUCUUUUAUGAGUUUUUUAAUAGUCCAAUUAUAAAAAACAGUUGAUUAAGCUAUAUGCAUUACAUAUGCGUCCUAGUUCUAUUACAGCAGAUAUACAGGGUGAGUUUCUUAAUCCUUAUAUAUUAUAAAUCCUUAAAGACAUUCAUUUCCUUUAUUACAAAACAAUAGCUCUUUUACCCUGGUAUUUGAAAGUACAUAAAAAGUUAAAGAAAGAACAGACUGGCCAUGGUGAAGAACCUGGUUUUUUUUCAAUGAGUUGGAUAAUGUGUGCAGUGAGAGAUAUCUAAAACUCACCCAGUAUAUCUGUAUUAUACCUACAUUUCUUUUGUGAAGUGCUUCUGAUUGAUGUGAACUUGUGUGAGUAUGACACUUCAGAUAAGAAGUGUAAAUGCUGGAAUUAUAAUGUUGUUGUACAUCAAGUGGAUAAUGUAGGCAGUGGUCAGGAAUAAUUUGACAUGGAAAUAACUUGCACUGUAGGCUGUGUGUGCCCUUCAGUUAAUUUCAGAAGAUGUAUUCAUCAACACUUCAAAUAUAGAUGUCAAUUCCAUUUAGAUGACUAUAACUUUUUUUUAUAAGUAAUCAAAACAGUGAAGCCAGAGUGUUUUGUAAAUUAAAAAUUCAUGUUCAUUGUUGUCAUACUCAAGCAAGUCUCAAUUUAUUCUGUUUCAUAUGAUUGUGUUCUGGUUUUAAUUUCAAGUUUGAGCAGUAAUGCCACAUUUUAAAUUAUGAUAUAUUUAGUUUUUAAGUACAUCAGAAGCACUUCAAUUUUUCUGUUAAUAAACAUGUUUUUUACAUAACACCUAAUACCAAACAAAGUUGGCUGUUCUUAACAUUUUAAAAGUGCUGAUAAUUAUUACUACUAAUUCAGCUCAAUUUAUAAUAAAAAGACUGAUAUAAACAUUACUUUGCAGUUUUAAGAUAUGAACUAAUUUCACUUUAUUGGCAUCUUCACCUGCUUGUUUUGUCCAUAAGAAACUUGCUAAGCACCUAUGUACCAUCUUACUUUCCAGAGGUACCCUCUCCACUCUUAACGCUACUGUAACCUUCAAACAUUAUUUUAACAAGUGAGCACAGCUUCUCUAAUUAAGUUUGGAAGAAAUACAACUUUAUAUGAUUCUUGCCUGUAGUAAACCACUGUUAGUAUUUAAAUAAUCCUCUUUUUUAAUACUUUUUUUUAAUAUCUGCCAUCCCUAAAUUAUCUGUUUACAAAAUUAAUAUAAGUAAGUUUCCGAUUUGUUUCAUUCAUAGAAAUGUACUAAACCUUUACAGUACUGAGAUAGUUGUUACUGUAUUAAUUAAAGUAUACCGAAGUAAUAAUUUGGAUUAUUUAAAUAUUCCUGAAUAUAAAUAUAACACCUUAUGGGUACUUCUGGAACAACAUGUAAAUUGUUCAUUACACAACUAUGUAAUACAUACCUGAUACUAAUUUUUUUAAUGUCUGGAAAUAUUUUACAGCUCAAAUAGAGUGAAUUAAAUGGAGAAAUGUCAUAAUAUGCAAAAUGUGAAAUGUUUGGUUUAAUAGUCAUUAUUAUUCUUUAUGUUAGUUAUUUCUGUUUCUUAUUUAUGUUGCUCUAAUCAGUUAACAUUAAGAAUUUGGUACAAAGAGUUGCUGGAAUCAAAUCACAUUUACACAGUUUGUAGAAUUUAUAUAAGCCUGAUGACAGAAAUGACCCCUACCAAAGGAAUCUUUGAUGUUGUUAGGGCGAUGACCGCUGGGGUUAGGUUUUUAUUAAUCACAAACUGUUAUUUGUGCAAUUUUGACAAGGCAAUUCAUUAGUAUUAAGUGGGUGUUAAAAAAAUGUUACCUUUGUUCUUUCAUACCAUGUUUGUUUGUGGAUAUUUUAUAAUAAAAAUAUAUUGUUCUUUUAUAAA